AUGCACUGCCCGGAGUGGCUCCUCCAGACACAGCCAGAGGGGACUCUCUCACCAGGGGGCACUAGUUGCGCUUGUGCGGUGCGCCGCGGGGCCCUGAGUGGGCGUGCAGCACAGCCCGUGUCACAGGCCAGAAGGGUGUGUAAGGCUCACACCAAGGUGCUCCGGAAGGUCUUUCUGGGCCUCCUGUGUGCAGCGUACUUGGCCUAUUUCAUUGCUGCCUGUUGGCUGGACUUCCAGCGAGCCAUCGCCUUGGUCGUUAUCACUGGUCUGGUCAUCUUCUUUGUGGGCUGGGGCCUCAUUCAGAAACACUAUGGAGCCAAGCUGACGAAGCUUCUGAGCCCCUGUCAGAAAUGCUGCCUGAAGUCCUGGCCGUGGCUAAAAUGGGUGUUCUGGCUGGCCGUUCUGGUUGGUCUGGUCACAUGGCUGGUUCUGGACACCUCCAAAAGGCCAGAGCAGCUGAUUUCAUUUGCUGGCCUCUGCGCAUUUGUUCUGUUCCUCUUUGCCUGCUCCAAGCACCAUGCUGCAGUGCCCUGGAGAGCCGUCUUCUGGGGCCUUGGCCUGGAGUUUGUUCUUGGGAUCUUUAUAAUCAGAACGAAUCCUGGAUUCGAAGCAUUCCAGUGGCUUGGCAAUCAGAUCCAGAUCUUCCUGAGUUACACCACCGCUGGCUCCGGCUUCGUCUUUGGGGACAGACUGAUCAAGGAGGCCUUUGCCUUUCAGGCGUUACCGAUUGUCGUGUUCUUCAGCUGUGUGAUGUCCAUUCUCUACUACGCUGGCCUCAUGCAGUGGCUCAUCCUGAAGAUCUCCUGGCUGCUGCAAAUCACCAUGGGUACUACGCCCACCGAGACCCUCAGUGUGGCAGGAAACAUCUUUGUAGGACAGACAGAGGCCCCGCUGCUGGUCCUCCCCUACCUGGCGGACAUGACGCUCUCAGAAGUCCAUGCAGUGAUGACCGGGGGCUUCGCCACCAUUGCCGGCAGCGUGAUGGGAGCCUACAUGUCCUUUGGGAUCGACCCCUCCUCGCUGAUCGCUGCCUCUGUGAUGGCCGCGCCCUGUGCUCUCGCCAUGGCCAAGCUGGUCUACCCGGAAGUGGAAGAGUCCAAAUUCAAGAGCAAGGAAGGCGUGAAGCUCAGUAGAGGGGCUGAGCAGAAUAUCCUGGAAGCUGCCAGCAAUGGUGCCGCCGCCUCUGUGGGGCUGGUCGCUAACAUUGCAGCCAACCUGAUUGCCUUCUUGGCUGUGCUGAAGUUCAUCAAUGCUGCCCUGUCCUGGUUCGGUGAGAUGGUGAACAUCAAGGAGCUCUCGUUCCAGAUAAUCUGCUCUUACAUCCUGAUGCCUGUGGCCUUCCUCAUGGGGGCAGACUGGGCAGACUCACCUCUGGUGGCUGAGCUGCUAGGCAUCAAAAUCUUCCUGAACGAGUUUGUGGCGUAUGAGCAGCUGUCGACGUACAAGAAGAACCGGCUGGCGGGACUGGAGGAGUGGAGCGGGGGUCGCAAGCAGUGGAUUUCGAUGCGAGCUGAAACCAUCACGACCUUUGCCCUCUGUGGAUUCGCCAAUCUCAGCUCCAUUGGGAUCAUGCUGGGAGGACUGACAUCCAUGGUUCCUCAGCGGAAGAGUGAGUUUGCUAGCAUCGUGCUGCGAGCGCUGCUCACCGGGGCCUGCGUUUCCAUGCUCAACGCUUGUGUCGCAGGCAUCCUGUACGUGCCCCGAGGGGAAGUGGCCGACUGCUCUGCAUUCCUGAGCAUGGCAACCUUUAACACCACCAGCUAUGACAUCUACAUGUGCUGCCGGCAGCUGUUUGCUAACACCGUGCUCAGCAACAAUGGGACCCUGUCCUUCACCGGCAGCUGGGUGGGACUCGAGCUCAGCACAGCCUCUCUGACACAGUGCUGCGGGCACUACAACAACACAGUCUGCGCUGGGCUGCCCUAG